AGCUCUUGAAUGUGAAAACUGGCUAGAGAAUCAGCAAGGAAAUCAGGAGAGACACUUGAGAGAAAUGCUCAGCCAUGUGAAUUCACUCCCCGAAGAAGGAGCUCGCGAGCAUGAUGUUUAUUGGAAAAACCUGAGUCCAAAGUCUGUUCUCACUCAAGACAGAGCUCCCAGAGGAUCCUAUGCCUUCCAUACCCUUGAAAAAAGGUUGAAACAGAAAUCAAACUUAAUGAAAAAGCAAAGAACCUGUAAAGAGAAGAAACCUCAUAAAUGCAACGAUUGCGGUGAACUCUUCACUUACCAUUCAGUGCUUAUCCGACACCAGAGGGUCCAUACUGGAGAGAAGCCCUAUAGCUGCAGUGAAUGUGGGAAAUCUUUUAGCCACAGAGCUAAUUUGACUAAACAUCAGCGAAUUCACAUUGGAGAGAGACCGUAUGAAUGCAGUGAAUGUGGAAAAGGGUUUAAUCGAAGUACACAUCUUGUGCAGCAUCAGUUGAUUCAUACUGGGGUGAAGCCUUAUGAGUGUAAUGAAUGCGAUAAAGCUUUCAUUCAUUCAUCAGCUCUCAUUAAACAUCAGCGGACUCAUACCGGAGAGAAACCCUAUAAAUGUCAGGAAUGCGGGAAAGCCUUCAGCCACUGCUCAUCCCUUACUAAACAUCAGAGAGUUCAUACUGGAGAAAAGCCAUAUGAAUGUAGCGAAUGUGGGAAAACCUUCAGUCAGAGUACACAUCUUGUUCAGCAUCAGAGAAUUCAUACUGGAGAGAAACCCUAUGAGUGUAAUGAAUGUGGGAAAACCUUCAGCCGGAGCUCAAAUUUUGCUAAACAUCAGAGAAUUCAUAUUGGAAAGAAACCAUACAAAUGUAAUGAAUGUGGAAAAGCCUUCAUCCAUUCAUCAGCUCUAAUUCAACACCAGAGAACUCAUACUGGAGAGAAGCCCUACAGAUGCGAUGAAUGUGGGAAAAGCUUUAAGUGCAGCUCAUCCCUCAUCAGACAUCAAAGAAUUCAUACUGAAGAGCAACUCUGAAAAAUUGCUAAGUGUGAAGAAAUGUAAGUUGGCUUUUUCACUGUGUUAAAUACCUGAGUAGUUUAGGUGGGACACCCGUAAAGUCCUGCUCGAGGACCAAUUUUGUAUGCAUCUACUUUUACUUGCAUAACAGAUAGUUUUGAGCCCUAGACAGAAUGUUCUUUUUAUUCAUUGAUUUGAUCAUUAUGAAAGCUUCUGGCCAGGGAUCUCCUAUUUUGAUCCCCCACCACCACUACCAAAUAACCCUUUCAUGGAAAUUCAAGAAAUCCUUGGAAGUGGAUAACUGUAUAAUCAUUGUGAAGUCUGGUUUCUCCCUCUCUUUGUCACAUGAGAGCCUUGUUAUAGCUUCUCACUCUGUAAGGAAAUUCUUAUUUAUAAACAUAGGUGGAGGACUCCUAUCUUUAUCAUCAGGAAGACACAGUUGUUCCCCUUUGGAUCCAAAAUAGAUCUCCAGAUGUACAGCUAGUGUCAUUUCUUCAGGGAGGGUUAUUUCUUUUAUAUUAGCUAUAAAAUGUAAGGUUAAGAGUUGAAAUAUGCUUCGGAUUCCCUCCCUCCCCAAAGGCUACUAUCUAAUUUGAUGAACAUAAAGUAGAAUGUAUUGCAGGUUCUAAGUUAUGUUCUCCUGGAUUAUGCUGCUCAUAAAUUUAGAUAAUUGUUAUCCCUCUGUUGUGUAGAUUUUCAUUUUCUCCUUCCUUGGAAUUUCCCUGAAGUUAAGAGUGGGUCAAAAUCUCAACUGCAGUUUUUGAUCAAAUGCCUCUUUUCGUAUCCUUGGAAUUGAAUGAGUCCUUGGUUUUUCUGUAAGCAAAGUAUUAGGGAUAUUUCAUUUCCAACUCAUUUACAGUUUUUCUGCUUUCUGUAAACCAUGCUUUGUCACUUUGAGAAAAAGCCCCUAGGAUGUUGAGGGUCUGAAAAGUUGAUGAGUUCAAUGUGUUAUUAUAUUUAGGGUCCCAGUCAAGGAGGAGAACUGAAGCAACUCUGAGACACAAGGACACACCUUCCUGUCAGAUAUGGAAAAUAGUUCACAGGACAGUGACUCAAUGGAGGAUAACAGCUUCCCUCCAUGAAGAAGAGGUUGCCAUUUCUCUGGCUUUCAUGUCUACCCACAUUUUGUUGUUGUUAUUGUUCUCCCUAUAUGUUUUUUGGGCUAUGUCCAAGAGCCCUAAAGAAGGUAGAAGAGGCAUGAAACCAUGUGAUAAGCUACACGGGUGAUCAAAAACAAGUGGUGGGAUUGGAAAUGCAGAAGCAAAAGUUCAAAUAAAUAUUUAGCAGAACACUAUA